AUGGUAUCAGAUGUUGACAUUCACCCUAUUCUUGGCGAAAGCCAGAACAACAGCGGGUCAGUGGCAUUUGGCGGACCACAGGGUUAUGCUUCAACUUAUCGAAACGUUCAAGUCACCGAUCCGCGAGGAAUAUCUCUGUAUCAGAAUGAUUUCCUUCUCGCAAGCAAAGACCGAACACUCGCAGAUUUCGCUGUUGGCACGAAUGCCCUCUCAUGCACUAUCGAUGGGGCCAAACGGGACAGAGCUUUGUUCGCUGGUCAUCUCUUCGUAAUGGGACGGUCAAUUUGCCAUUCCACAGCCAAUCUCAACGCCUUAUUGGGGAGCAUAACACUUCUCACCAGUCAUCAGACGACAGAGGGCUAUCUGGGUAACCUGUGUCCCAUCCAGGCACCAACCCACGAAGAGUCGAUCGAACCCCCAACUUAUGCAUUCUAUUCUCUCAGUUACGCGUUGUUACUAGUUGUCGCUAUAAAGGACUACUGGAUGCACUCGGGUGAUGAUGUUUCUGUAAGAUCAAUCUGGCAUAAGUUGGAGAAAUUGCUAGGCUUCGUAGAGAAAUUUACCGACCAGAGAGGUCUUGUUGUUGCGCCACCUCCACUUUCCAUGGACUGGAUUCCUAUGGGUGUCCCCAUCUUCGGAGCUUCGGGCAAAAUUAACAUCGCAUACUACGAUGCUUUAACCUCCAUGGCGAGGAUGAGCAGGGUCCACGGUUCAAAGGAUCCCUUCUCGCCACGAGCAGCCUCUCUUAAACAGAGCAUUCUCACUCAUCUAUGGAACCAUACCGAGGGUAUCAUGCGAACGAGUGACACUGCUUCUCCAAAUGGGAUAUGUCAAGACAUCAACGCAUACGCGAUCACGACUGGCUUGUCUCCCAUCCACGCAGCAUCAAAGACAAUUUUGGCUGCACCGAAGGGGAAAGAACUCCCACUAGCAUUCCAAAGCUUAGCAAGUUGGGACGACAACAAAGUGGUGAGUCCAUACGCUUCAGGCUUCGCAGCUGAGGCACUUUUCGAACGCGAACAUGGGCAUUCAGCAAUCGAGCUAAUCGAGCGAGUCUGGGGCGCAAUGGCAGAUGAAACGAACCCGAAUUACUCGGGGGGGCAUUGGGAAGCUUUGAACACGGACGGAUCACCCUUCACAAAAGACACAUCUCUCAUGCACGGCUGGUCAACGUGGCCUGUAUACUUACUUCCCAGGUACCUGGCAGGAGUCGCACCGCUGGAGCCCGGUUGGACACGGUGGAAAGUGCAGCCUGUUUUGGCUGGAUUGGACAGUGUGGAUGUAGCUCUUUCGACACCGGUUGGUCGCAUUGAGGUUUCGAUGGACAUGCAGGAGUCUUUGGGAUUGGGGUGUGUUGUUUUGAAGGUGCCAAGUGGCUCGGUUGCGGAGGUUGUCGCGCCACGUGGAUGGAGUAUAAGACGUGCUGAUGAUAAUAGUCAAGGACUAUUUGCAUCUCAAGUUGUUGCAGGUCAGGAUGGCAUAGUCACCAUCAGAAUGCAAAAGACCAGCGAAGAGGUUAAGAAUAUGACGGCGAAGGUAGCGAAGGUCGGAGUGUCCAGUACGAGAGCAUCAGCGGCCGCACAAAGGAAAGCGCCAGCCAGUGGAUGGUUUAGAUGGUUGAGGCAGUUUUCGAUUUUGAGGUUGCUACCGAAAUGGCUAAGUUAGCUAUAGAUACCAGAUACAGGUAAUCAUAUUUUUUCAUAAUAAUAAUGUAACAAUAGUCAGUCAGUCCAGAUGGGCCAAGGAUCUGUGGC